AUGGACGCCAGAUCCCGACCUCACAUCAAGGGGCGCUUCCAGAGAGAGAGAGAGAGAGAGAGAUGCGAUCAUGUCGGGGCGAAGCGCCACCGCAAGGUCCUCCGCGACAACAUCCACGGCAUCACCAAGCCCGCCAUCCGCCGUGGCGGCGUCAAGCGCAUCUCGGGGCUCAUCUACGAGGAGACCCGCGGCGUGCUCAAGAUCUUCCUCGAGAACGUUAUCCGCGACGGCGUCACCUACACCGAGCACGCUCGCCGCAAGACCGUCACCACCAUGGACGUCGUCUACGCCCUCAAGCGCCAGGUUCUUGUUUUGUUCUUGUCAUGCCUAGGAUUUGGUGUGUAG